GCUCAGUCUGUGUUAAAAUCUUCCGGCUGAGAAGGCUGAAAAUUUUGACGACUGUGUUAUCACUGAAAGCCACCAUACAAAAUUUCGAGUGUUUAUAUAUAGUUUGAUAUUGUACGAAAGAAGUCGCGUAAUUAUGGCAGCGAGAUUAAUGAACGCUCAGGCACAGGUGUGCAAAUUGGGCAAACAUGUUGUGGAUCCCAUGGCACGUCAAUUCCAUGCUUCCUGCUACACCGCCUCCAAGGUGGCCCUGUCGAAAUUCGACUCGGACGUCUAUUUGCCUUACGAUAAGCUGAACAAGCGUCUGGAAGUGGUGCGCAGUCGUCUGAAUCGCCCUCUGACUCUGUCCGAGAAGGUUCUGUAUUCGCAUUUGGAUGAUCCGGCGAAUCAGGAUAUUGUGCGUGGCACUUCGUAUCUGCGUCUGCGGCCCGACCGUGUGGCCAUGCAGGAUGCCACUGCUCAGAUGGCCCUGUUGCAGUUCAUCUCCUCCGGAUUGAAGAAGGUUGCUGUACCCUCGACCGUGCACUGCGAUCACUUGAUCGAGGCGCAAGUUGGUGGACCCAAGGAUUUGGCCCGUGCCAAGGAUCUGAACCGUGAGGUUUACGAUUUCUUGGCGUCGACGUGCGCCAAGUAUGGUCUGGGCUUCUGGAAGCCAGGCAGCGGUAUCAUCCAUCAGAUCAUCCUGGAGAAUUACGCCUUCCCCGGCCUGCUGAUGAUCGGUACGGACUCGCACACCCCCAACGGCGGCGGUCUCGGUGGCCUAUGCAUUGGUGUCGGUGGUGCUGAUGCCGUCGAUGUCAUGGCCGACAUACCCUGGGAGUUGAAGUGCCCCAAGGUCAUUGGUGUCAACUUGAGUGGCAAGAUAAGUGGCUGGACCUCGCCCAAGGAUGUCAUCCUGAAGGUGGCUGAUAUCCUGACCGUCAAGGGCGGCACUGGUGCCAUCAUUGAAUACCACGGCAAGGGUGUUGACUCCAUCUCUUGCACGGGCAUGGCAACCAUUUGCAACAUGGGUGCUGAAAUUGGUGCUACCACCUCACUGUUCCCCUUCAAUCAGCGCAUGGCCGACUACCUGAAGUCCACCGGUCGCGGUGGCAUCGCUGCCGAAGCCCAGAAAUUCCAGUCCAAGAUCCUGUCCGCGGACAAAAAUUGUGAAUACGAUGAGCUGAUUGAAAUCAAUCUGGAUACACUGGAACCGCAUGUGAAUGGUCCAUUCACUCCAGAUUUGGCUCAUCCCAUCAGCAAGCUGGGCGAGAACUCCAAGAAGAACGGCUAUCCACUUGACAUCAAGGUUGGCCUGAUUGGAUCCUGCACAAACUCGUCGUACGAGGAUAUGGGUCGUUGUGCCAGCAUUGCCAAGGACGCCAUGAGCCACGGUAUCAAGUCAAAGAUCCCCUUCAAUGUGACACCCGGCUCUGAGCAGAUCCGUGCCACCAUUGAGCGCGAUGGCAUCUCUGAAGUAUUCGACAAGUUUGGCGGCACUGUGCUGGCCAAUGCCUGUGGCCCCUGCAUCGGUCAGUGGGAUCGUCAGGAUGUGAAGAAGGGCGACAAGAACACCAUUGUCACCUCGUACAAUCGCAACUUCACCGGUCGUAACGAUGCCAAUCCGGCUACUCAUUGCUUUGUGACCAGUCCCGAGAUGGUCACCGCCUUGUCCAUUGCCGGUCGCCUGGAUUUCAACCCGUUGACGGAUGAGCUCACUGGCGCCGAUGGCAAGAAGUUCAAGCUGAAGGCACCCUUCGGCGAUGAGCUGCCCGCCAAGGGCUUCGAUCCCGGUCAGGAUACCUACACUGCACCACCACCUUCCGGCGAAAAUGUCAAAGUUGUUGUAGAUCCCAAAUCGCAGCGCCUGCAACUGCUGGAGCCAUUCGACAAGUGGUCUGGCCAGGAUUUGACCGAUAUGACUGUGCUGAUCAAGGUUAAGGGCAAGUGCACCACAGAUCACAUUUCUGCCGCUGGCCCCUGGUUGAAGUAUCGCGGCCAUUUGGACAACAUUUCCAACAACAUGUUCAUUGGCGCCACCAACUCUGAGAACAACGAGAUGAACAAAAUCAAGAACCAGCGCACUGGCAAGUGGGGCAAUGUGCCCGAAGUCGCCCGCGACUACAAGGCUAACAACAUCAAGUGGGUGGCCGUCGGUGAUGAGAACUACGGCGAGGGCUCCUCUCGCGAGCAUGCCGCACUCGAGCCACGUCACUUGGGUGGACGCGCCAUCAUUGUGAAGUCAUUUGCUCGCAUCCACGAGACCAACCUGAAGAAACAGGGUCUGCUGCCAUUGACCUUCGCCAAUGCUGCCGACUAUGAUAAGAUCCAACCUACAAGCAAGAUUUCACUGCUGAAUCUGAACAGCUUGGCGCCCGGCAAGCCCGUCGACUGCGAAAUCAAGAACGGCGAUAAGGUGGAAAGGAUUAAGCUGAACCAUACGCUCAACGAACUGCAGAUCGGUUGGUUCAAGGCAGGCAGCGCUCUUAACCGCAUGAAGGAGUUGGCCAAUUAAGUUACUUAGUCCCCCCCCUCUCGAGAAGCCUUACAUACACACACAGACACAUACACUCAAGACAGACAGCCAACCAUAUAUAUACACCCGACAUAAAACGCAAGCAAUCAAAUUAUGGUAUUGUUUUU